GUUUCUAGCAUUCCGUAGAGUUUGGGAAAAGAUUCUUUCUUUUUUUUAGGUAUAUUUCUUUAGGUGUGGGUAUGUGUUCGGGUGCACAUGCCAUAGGUGUGCACGCAGAGAUCAGAAGACAGCCUCCGAGAGUCAGUUCUUUCCCUUCCACCAUGCUAGUCCAGGGAGCCAGCUCAGGGCAUCAGGCUUGCCAGCUGAAGACUCACAUCUGCCUGGCUGUCAUUUCUUCAAAUGCUUUUUUUUUUCCUUUUUGAAACAGAGUCUCCAUAAGUGUGUGUAGCGUGUAGACCAGGCUGGCCUUGAACUCGUGGGAUAAUGCUCUCCCCCUCAAGUGUUGGAAUUAAAGGUGUGCACCAUCAUACAGGGAACCAAAAUACUUUAAAAGUUACCCAGCACAUAAGCCAUGAAAUCAUAAUUAUUGUUAGCGCUGGACCCUUCCAAUGUUCUCAAAGUUGGUAUCUUUGUCAACAACCAGAGUUUCAGUGGAGGUCAUCUGAGCUAAGCCAAUAUAUCUCCGACCCUAGACGUUUUAAAAAUGUCAAGGAUUUUUCUCAAGGGCGGUGAAGAAUCUGAGCUGCAGGGGAAUGUCUGAGUCUGGUCAGCCACAGCAAGAGCUAAUGUGAAAAUGUCUGGGGUUCUGCCGAAGCAGCUGGGAAGCAGGCAAAUCUGACAACCAAAGGGCAUGGGUUUUUUGGGUUUUUGUUUUAUUUUGUGUAUUUCUGAAAAUAGCUCACUAAAAUAUAAAAGGAACCCACCAAAGCCCACACGAGUAGAAAAUUCCUUUGCUCCGAGACCCGAGCCUGUAGGAACAGCAUCUAGAGGAGGUGUACGAUGUCCCAGUACUGUCUCUUCCAAUUGGGACGGCCAUACUUGGCAGAUACACCCAAAAUUGUAUGCCAGACUGAACGGGUGCAGAGAAAUCGUGAGUUUGAGGCCAGCGCUGCCUCUUCCAUCUGACUCAGAACGUUUCACAUCCAGUGAGCCUCAGAACUCUCCUCAGCUGCGUUACUCAGUCCUGCAAGAUUUACAGUUCUGACCCAGCGGCGGUGGCUCACACCUUCCAUUCCAGGCAGAGGCGAGCUUGAGGCCGGCCUGGUGUACAGGAGUUCCAGGACAGCCAGAGCUACCCAGAGAAACCCUGCCUCGAUAAAGCAAGAUUCAUAACUCUGGCUGGAGGGAUGGCUUGGUGUUGAAAAGCGCUUGCUACUCCAAAGUGCCUUUACCUACUUGUCCUGUUAUUAAGUUUUGUUCCUCCCUCUCCCUCCCACCCCAAUGCUCUUAGUGAUUUUUUUUUUUUUUUUUGAGACAGGGUCUCAUAUAGCCUAUGGUGUCCUUAAACUUGCUAUGUUGCCAAAGAUUUUGAACUCCUGAUCCUCCUGCCUCCACCCUCGCCCCCCGAGUGUUGGGAUUAUCUGCUUGCGCCAGCAUGCCUGGUUUUAUGCGCUGCUGGGUAUUGAUCCUAUGCUAGGUAAGCGUUUUACCCUGUAUUUAAGGUCUUGGAAACAGUGGCUCGCCUAGAAUUCCCCCUUGUAAAGUUUCCCCACUACCUUUUCCUAGGAAAGCUAACGCAGUGGGUGGGAUAAAGUGGCCUCCACCUGGAGGAAAAACCGUGCCUGCACAAUGAAUCCUGAAUCUGGUGUCCAGCGUGACCUGGAGGAGAGUUUCUCCAUGGAACAGAGCGGGUCAGGCACGUAACAGCCCCUUCUCAGUUACCUAUCUCUCUUCUGGGAUGCAGCCCUUAAGCGGCUGCCCGGGAAGGGGCGCCGGAAAGCAGCACUAUUAGAGCAGGAUAAGCGGACCAAGGUGCAGACCACUAACUCAAACCCCCUUCCACGUGCCCCGGGCCAGGGAGGCACGGGAUCUGGAACUCCACCGCCGGGCGGGGCGCUCCUGAGGCUCCGCCCUCGAAGCCUGGGUUGCUUGCUCCCCGGCUGAAUCUCUGCGCGUCGGGCGAUGUAUCUCCGAAGGGCUGUGUCUAAGACUCUGGCGCUGCCCCGGAGGGCGCCCUCCGGACCUGUGCCACUGGGGAAAGACGCAUCCCUUCGCCGAAUGUCAUCCAGAAAACUCCCUGGAACGUCUGGGUCCAAUAUGAUUUAUUACCUGGUUGUAGGUGUGACCGUUAGUGCUGGUGGAUAUUAUACUUACAAGGCUGUCACAUCAAAGCAAGCCAGACAUACAGACCGCGUAAGGGACGUGAAAGAACAAAAAAAAGCAGAGUCACAGCCACUUCCAGGUGAAAAGGAGAAUGUGGCGGAAGCUGGGGCCGGAGAAAUUUCUGUAAAGGAAACUGAGUUGGUGCAUGCUGAGGAAGUACCCAAGGCUGCAGCAGGGCCUCCAGAAGGGUCUCCGACCUCCCCGGUUUCUUCAGAGGCUGCGCUAGAGGAGGAGACUGAUCUGAAGAUCACCGAGGCUUCUCCGGGGGAGACCACCGAGGGAGUGCCUGAACCCACUGCGGAGGGGGAGAGCGCGGCUCCUGAACCCACAGCGGAGGUGGAGAGCGCGGCUCCUGAACCCACAGCGGAGGUGGAAAGCGCGGCUCCUGAAACCACAGAAGAAGUGGACAGUGCGGCUCCUGAAUUCUCUGCAGAGGUGCAGAGCGCGGCUCCCGAACCCACAGCGGAGGUGGAGAGCGCGGCUCCUGAACCCACGGAAGAGGUGGAGAGCGCAGCUGCGGACCAGGCGGACGGGGCUGGUACCAGCGAGGAGGGUGAGGGUACUGCUGGGAACCGGAGCUGCCAGGAGGAUGCUGAACUAGAAGAAAGCCCUCCCUUAGGCUCAGAGCCCUCUGCCCAGCAGGAUUCACAAGAAGAAACCACCGAGGUCACCGCAGAAGGAGCCUCGCCCCAAGGCUGAUCUGCAAAACUCCAGAGUUGCUUUUGUAUUUUUAGCAACCUUAGACCUUCUUUCUAGAAUUUAAUAUACCUUAAAGAAUUUGGCUUUUACUAAUAGAUGUUUGAUUGGGAUUUGGUAUUUCAUAUGUCUUAAUAGUUUUCUACCCUCUAAGAUCAGGCUGUGUAAAGAGCUUAAAUAGUAUUAACUUUGGAUUUACAUUUUACGUUUUAGAAAUUAAGGUAUCCAUGCAGCCUGUAUUCACUUUGAUUUUUGCUCUACCUUUCUCUUUAUUAUAUGUAAGCCCGGAUUAUUGAGUUUGAUGUGAACUCAUUGAAAUAAAAUUAGAAAAUCUUAA